CGUGAAACAGUUAGGUCUUAGCUUUCUCGCCACUGCGAUCAUCCAAAACCUAAGGACAAAUCGUCGAACACCUAGCUGUUCUUUCCGCUAUAUCCGAGCCCAAUGCCUUCUCCCUUCUCUGCCGCCGUUUUCCGUGCCAUAUCCUUCCCCUCCCAUCUCCGCUCUCCUUUUCUACAAUCCAAGAAAGAUCCCUACCAUUUUCUCUACGGAUCCGUGCGCAAACCCGCCGAUGCUGGUCUCCGACGCAUUGCUUCGCCGAAUUUCACAAUAACCUUUGCUAUGUAUAGGCGUAGAGUGGGAAGUAACGGCACGGCUAUAUCAAGGAGCGAAAGCAGGCCGGCGGGGAUCCGCUCGAGUCGCGCGGAGGGAAAAUGGGUGGAGGGAGGAGUGGCGGAGGAAGGAAAAAGGGAAGGAAGAGGACAGGAGAUAGAUUCUUGUCAUCAUCAUCGGUAUAAGACCGAGGGAGUGGAGGAGGAGAUGGAUGUCGGUUAUAAGCAGCUGUUGCAGCAGGAACGAGGUGUUUCUUAUUCGAGGUUACUUACGCUGCCGACUGUGCUCACGCUCGGGAGAGUUGCCGCCGUCCCUCUUCUCGUGAGCACUUAUCACAUGAACGGUUCAUGGGCAACAAGUACAACUACUGGUAUCUUUCUUGUAGCAGCAGUCACAGACUGGUUAGAUGGUUAUCUUGCUCGUAAGAUGCAACUAGGUACAGCAUUUGGUGCCUUUUUGGACCCUGUAGCUGAUAAGCUUAUGGUAGCUGCAACAUUGGUUUUACUAUGCACUAAACCUCUGGAAGUGGCUUUCUUCGGAGUGGUUUCAUGGAUUUUGACGGUUCCUGCAAUUGCCAUCAUUGGUAGAGAGAUAACAAUGUCAGCUGUCAGAGAGUGGGCUGCUUCUCAAAACAGCAGGGUUCUUGAGGCAGUGGCAGUGAAUAACCUGGGGAAGUGGAAGACAGCAACUCAAAUGACUGCACUAACAAUCCUCCUCCUUACCAGAGACCCCAGUCUAACAGGACCAGGCUUUCUAGUAUCUACUGGAGUAUUUCUCCUUUACAUUUCAGCUGGUCUUGCUUUAUGGUCAUUAGCAGUCUACAUGAGGAAAAUAUGGAGAUUCAUGAUCAAGUAGUCGCAUUCCUCAAACACAUUCAAGAAAGUUUUGCACAGUUAUUUCCUCUUUCAGCUGACUGAUUGAAUAGUUUUUUCAAAGAAACAUUUUACAGAUUAAUCAACUGUUCUUUAUUGAAUGCUGGUGAAGGUUUUAUAAUCUUACCUUCUAAUCUAUGUAGACCAAAAAGUUGGAAAAACAUAUUUCCCAGAGAGUAUCUAAGGAGGUUUUCUGUUCCUGAAAGCUUGUUCAAAGUGAGUGGAUGAAGGAUCUGAUUCUGUUCACAUCUGAACAAAAUAAACUGUUUUUAAGUUCUUUUUUGAUAACUCUUUGUAGCAGCUUAUUUUCAUGUAGUACAGUACUUUCCUUAUUUGAUGUACAGUGUUUUUUUAUUACAGGUUUUGUAAUUUGAAGGGAUCAAAUGAACCCUAAGUUAAUUUAGCCGUUAUUUUGUUCA